GAUUUCCUAACUUGACAUAGAACCGUACGUAAGUACGUUCGUGUACGUAAAAUUAACGUCUUCGUGUAAAUCAUUUUUUAUACUGUUGCUCGUGUUAAUUUUAUAUUAUAUUUGAAAAUAUGCUUUUAAAAACGUUGCAACGUACAGGGAUGCACUAUAAUAUUAAAGUCAAAGAAAGAAAGUAUUGAAACUUAUCUUUCUGCUGCAUGUAUCAUAGAUAUACACAAUAUGUUUGCAAAAAGUAACAUAGAUCCUGAACUGGAAAGGUUAAGAAAGGAGGUAAAUGACCCACCAAAUUUAGAUACAGUAACAUUAAAUAUAGAAAGAGCUACAGCACGAAUUCAUGCAUCCUAUUUAUUUGAGCAAAUUGGACGAUCUACGUUGCAAAAAUUAUGCUUGCUAUUGAGCUCUACCGCUACAGGAAAAAUGUACAGCGGAUGGCAAGAAUUUGCAGCACACAUGGGCUUAACGAUAGAACAAAUACGUUGUAUAGAAUAUGACUUCAAAGGCUUGCAGGAUCCAACUUAUUACGUAUUGCUGGCGUACGUACAACACACUGGAGCAACUAUAGAUAAAAUUUUAAACGCCUUGCAAAAAAUGCAUCGUUUCGAUGUAAUUAAUGAAAUAAAGGACAACAUUUCUGAUUUAAUGGAUGCAAUUCCACAAAAUGCUACGACCGAUGAAUCUACCAUAUUACGAUCGAAAAGUGUUCCAAGAGCACCGUUAAUUUUAACUCCGAUAGAAGUUGCGCAGAAAACAGAAAAGGAGAGAGACAAUUGUAAACACGUCGUAGAAGAUAACUUACAAAAGACUAAACGGAUGUACGGAUGUGUAGUCAUGUUAACGUUUGCCGAUGAUGGCUUAACGACAGCACAACGUAUAGCAAAAGUAUUUAGGUCUAAAGAACCUAGAAUCGGAGUACUCAUACUUCAAGAACAAGAAAACUAUGUAUACAGCAGAGCGGAAGAGUUUGUAGAUGAUUGCUUUAAACAGGUAAAUUUCAUCGUACCGAUAUUAACGCAAGGAUACUUGGAAAAAAUACAUAAUCCUAAAAAUAUAUAUAGCGAAGAUCAAAAUAAAUUGGACACAAAGUAUAUAAAAUAUAUAUAUUCCUUAUUGAGGUACGAAUAUAUGAGAAAUCAAUGUGUCAAUUGUCGUGUUAGGUGUAUAGUUUCUGAUAAAGAAGUUUACACGGUAAUAAGAGCAAAUUUGCAUCCAACGUUGCAGGCAUGGUUCAGGGAAAGCGACAUCGAUGCAUUUAUUGAGAACAUUCUUUUAAAAAAAUGCUCAAGGUGAAUAUUUAUAGAAUAAAAAUGAGAA